AUGGUUAGGGAUUCGGAAGGAAAAACUGUUGAUGACUUUGCAUCCACCAUAGAUUCUGUCAAUAAGAUAGAGAACCUUAGAUCAAAAUAUGACCUUCCUUCAAAUCUAGAGGCGAGAGCCCCGUUAGGAAACGAGAGGGCCAACUCUCCUCCUGAGGGAAGAAUUACUGUUGCCUCAAAGAACAAGAAGAAGAGGAUCGUGAAGGUCGGUGAUAGGACGAAAUCUAAGAAGGCUAAAACGGAUGCGCCCUUGAAAGAAGCCACAGCACCAGCUCGAUCUGAAAGGGAUGAAGCUCUAUUCGAGGUGGUGACCCUCGAGGAAAAGGCCCGUCAGGUCCAAGCAAAGGAAGCUGAGAUUGCCUUGGUACAAGCCAAGUAUGACGAGCUGGAUGAAAACAUGAAGCCUUUCGCCAGUUUGCACAUCUCGAAGGAGGAACUACACCAGUGGUGUACGGCGUUCAUGUACAAGAUGCUGUCUAUAGGAGGGAUGGCCGCAGCCCUCGCGGAGAUGAAUUUGGUUGCCACCAAGUGCGGGGCGCACCGGGUAGGCGUGGCAGGUUUGAGGAGGCCCGAUCAGGACAGGCCAAUUAAAGUCAACUGGUUUAAGCAGCUCUUGAAAAAGGACCCAAAGAAGACCAUGCACGAGGCGAUGGUGAAGGUCCUCACGAGGUUGAACCUCGAGCAACUGCCCCUGUGGGAAGCUCUAACUGGUGCCUUGCUGAAAAUGAGUUCUCCCGCAGACAUUGCCUCGUUCCCAUGCAACGUACCCGCAAUCCUUGCCAGGGGCCCGAGUGAAGAAGAUCCCAUACCUGAUGUACCGGACGAGUACAUGGGUAUCGAGCUCGAGGACGCUGAUGAAGCCACCAAGGAGGAUGUUGCUGAUACUGGCCACUCUGGAUUGCAGAGAAACGCCGAGAAUGCUCCUCAGAACCCUCCUCUAGGCAGUGGUGCUGAUAGUUGGCCCGUCCACCGUGUUCACCACAUGGUGCUAUCGAAGGAGCAAUCGAGCGAGUUUCCGCUAUAUUCCAUGAUUAGCGAUAUUCUAAGAAGUCGUGUCGAUGUGCACAGUAUCGAGACAGUGGCAAAUCUAGAGAAUGACCUUCUCGAUGCAAUGAGGAUGCAUAAUGUGAAGGUUAAUCAGCAUCUGAUAAACGAGAUUAAAGGACUUCGUGAGGAGAUGCAACGUCGAGAAGCUCAAAGUCUGAAAGACUACGGUGAUUCUCUGACUUUCGAGGCUGAAAUCCAUGAUGAACUGGUUACCUUGGAGAAGGAGAAUGCUCGGUUGAGGGCAAGACAACAGAUUACCGUGUCCCCCUGGUUCCUCGAGAAUCAUCAAGUGCUAGCCCGAGUUCAGCACAUGAUUAUGACCAGAACUCGCCGCUUCACUGCAGCCAUGGAUAUAUUGAAAGAGAAAGCUCAUGAAAUCGAGCCCCUCGCAAAUUAUAUUGCCAAAUUACAAAAUCUGUUACUAGACAACAACAUUGACUUCGAAAUUAUUGAGCAUCCGGAGGAAACGGUGGAUCCUCGAACUCGGAGUUCUCGAGAAGAGCUGUUGAUGAGGUUGCAUGCUCAGGACCUAGAGAUCGUGGAUCUUAAGGACAAGUUGAAUCAAUGUGUGAAUCUCCUGAGCCUGCAUGGGUAUAAGGGGAUUAUUCAUCCUUCCCCUGACAAUCCUGUCAGGGAAGUCCUUGUAAUAGUGUAG